GGGACGCGCCUUCCAUUUUGUGGAACGCCAGAGCUGCUAAGUGCGUCAGUUGUCGAAAGACGUAGACGAGUUAAGUCCAGGUCUGCGGGGAGGCAGACGACUCCGUCGCAGACUACGGACCUCUCUGGGUCUCAGCUGCCAAAGAUCCUGUCCGGUAGGAAAUACUAGCCGGACAUCAUGAGUGGCUGUCGAGUGUUCAUCGGGAGGCUAAACCCAGCGGCCAGGGAGAAAGAUGUAGAAAGAUUCUUCAAGGGUUAUGGACGGAUCAGAGAUAUUGAUCUGAAAAGAGGUUUUGGUUUUGUGGAAUUUGAGGAUCCCAGGGAUGCAGAUGAUGCUGUAUAUGAACUUGAUGGGAAAGAACUUUGCAGUGAAAGGGUUACUAUUGAACAUGCUAGGGCACGAUCCCGAGGUGGAAGAGGUAGAGGACGCUACUCUGACCGUUUUAGUAGUCGCAGACCUCGAAAUGAUAGACGAAAUGCUCCACCUGUAAGAACAGAAAAUCGACUUAUAGUUGAGAAUUUAUCCUCAAGAGUCAGCUGGCAGGAUCUCAAAGAUUUCAUGAGACAAGCUGGGGAAGUAACCUUUGCGGAUGCACAUCGACCUAAAUUAAAUGAAGGGGUGGUUGAAUUUGCCUCUUAUGGUGAUUUAAAGAAUGCUAUUGAAAAACUUUCUGGAAAGGAAAUAAAUGGGAGAAAAAUCAAAUUAAUUGAAGGCAGCAAAAGGCACAGUAGGUCAAGAAGCAGGUCUCGAUCAAGGACCAGGAGUUCCUCUAGGUCACGGAGCCGAUCUCGUUCCCGUAGUCGCAAGUCUUACAGCCGGUCAAGAAGCAGGAGCCGGAGCAGGAGCAAGUCCCGUUCAGUUAGUAGGUCUCCUGUGCCUGAGAAGAGCCAGAAACGUGGUUCUUCAAGUAGAUCUAAGUCUCCAGCAUCUGUGGAUCGCCAGAGGUCCCGGUCCAGGUCCAGGUCCAGAUCAGUUGACAGUGGCAAUUAAACUGUAAAUAACUUGCCCUGGGGGCCUUUUUUUUAAAACAAACAAACAAAAAAACAAAUUCCCAAACCAUACUUGCUAAAAAUUCUGGUAAGUAUGUGCUUUUCUGUGGGGGUGGGAUUUGGAGGGGGGUUGGGCUGGGCUGGAUAUCUUUGUAGAUGUGGACCACCAAGGGGUUGUUGAAAACUAAUUGUAUUAAAUGUCUUUUGAUAAGCCUUCUGCUCACAUUUUUGUGAAUGUCUGAAGUAUAUAGUUUGUGUAUAUUGACAGAGCUCUUUUAUAACUAAAGCAAAUUUAAUUUUUGUACUAGAAAAAUUGAACAUUUUAGUUCUUGGGUUAUUCAAAUAUGUUAAUUCAGAAUUAGUUUAAUGCCUCAAUUAAACUAAUUAAUAGCUUUGGACACUUAAAAGAGCUCUAAAUUUGCUUGUAUAUAAAGGCUUAAUUUGAGUUUACCUUGUUAGGGUCAAGGGUGUCCUCCCAUCCACCCCAUUAACAGCUGCAGGACACAGACACAUUAAAGCAGCUGUUUGUUAUUGAUAAUAAAAUAUUAUAAAACA